AUGUAUGAUUCAGCUGGAACCAUGGGAAUGGGAAGCAAUUUAUCUCUUCCCAUUAAAUAAAUAGACUAGUCUGGUGAAACUAAGAUAAAUUCGAAAAGCAAGAGACAAUCAUCAAGCCAGCAUCCCUUCCAUUAAAAGACCUUUAAGGAGAACGAACUUUUCAAGGCAGCUAAUCUCUAUAAUUUGCUCGAUAAACAUUAACACCUUUAUGAAAAUAGAAUUUUUGCGCAGAGUUCAAUAAACCAAAUAAAACUAGCAAAAGAGAGUUAAAAAUUCAAAAUUCUUAUGGAUGAUAAUGAUCAGCCUCAAUUUAUUAAAAAUAGCUCCAUUAUGAACUCUCAGAGACCGAUAACAACUACAGGUCUAGGUGGUUACUAAAGUUCGGCUUCAAUGAUGAAUAGUUAAACAGUAAUGAGACCUGUUUCUUAAUAAACUCUUCAAUCAAUCGUCACUAAUAAAAAUGCAUCUCAAGACUUUGAUCUUGACAAAAUUACCUAAAAUUAAUAGAUAUUCAAACGCUAUUUGUCAACUGUAGAUCCAUAAAUGUUUAAAUCUCAAAUGAAUGUCAAAGGCUAGCAAUAAAUCCCAACAAUCUAAGAAGUUAACGACUACGUGAGUACAGCUUAAGAAUUCAGUAAACACUCUAUGUAUUUUUCAAAUAGAUCGAAAUAGGCUGCAAAGGGGGAUAAGAUAAAUGAUUUUUACAACAUGGCCAGAGAUCUUAAUUACGAGGGUAAAUAAAGGUAUUAUGCUAGUUAAUUACAAAAAAAUGAAAUAACAAAUACAGUACGAUAGCCCACCGAGCACAUUACUGGAAAUUCAUUUGAUUAGUGUAAGAUUUAAAAAAAAGCAUACAGAGCUAACUCUGAAUCACAAACAAUAUAUAAAGAAAAAACACGCGAGAAGAAAUCAUUAAUAAAUUUCUAGGUGUAACCAUUUGAUAUGAUAAACCUUAGAGAUGAAGCAAAUAAACUAGCCUCAAGAAGACCCAUGACCACAAUCACUGCUGGCCAGUGCUAAAAGGUCUACGGCAUAUCUGAUUUCGCUCAUCUCUCCAGAAUUACAGCACCUAAUCAUAAUGAGGAUUAUUAGCGCGCUGUGACUACAAAUUAAAAACUGUUUAGACGCCAAAAUGGACCUUUUACCGAAUGGUUCAACUCUUUGAAGACUUAGAAGUUUAUCUCAGUCCCCUUCCAAAGUAAUGUUGGAAGAGCUGCAGGCAUACCCAGCAAUCUAAUUCAAAAGUAUGCCAGCAACAACCUCUUAUUUUACGCGCAAGGUGAACAGCACGUCAAUACAAAUUAUAAUGAUAGAUAAGACAUAUCUUUCAAAAAAAAAGAAAAGAGCCUGGGAGAGCUUUGCCGCAGAUUCUUGUUUCUGUACGGAGGAGAAGCCAGGGACUUAUUGUACCUUGAUCAAUGCACAAAGGAAUUGGCUGUUGAAAGAAGAAGAAUCUACGACAUAAUAAAUAUCCUUGAAAGUUUUAAUGUGAUCAGACGUAAAGCAAAGAAUGCAUAUUAAUGGAAGGGUAUUGAAAAGAUAUUAAAGUCUAUUUCUCUCUAAAUUAGCUUCUUUGAAUCGAAACUUGAUACUAAUAAUUCAAAGAUCUGCUAACUCUAGGAAAAAAAUAAGAAAAGUGCCAAGUCUGCGCCAAAUUCUAAUAGAAACCUCAAAGUCUAAUAGAUAGGUUUAUGUCAAGAUGAAUCACGAUUGCAAAAAAUGAUAAAUUCUCAUCAAGGAUUAGAAAAUAUCACAAAAAAGGGAGUACUUUUAGAUGAAGGUGAAAUAAGUGAAGAAGAAAAAGAAAAUGGAGCUAAAUAUAAAAAAGAUAAAUCACUUGGUAUCCUAUGUCAAUAAUUUAUCGGUCUCUUUGUAUCAUGGAAAGACAUCAUAUCCCUUGAAGAGGCUGCACGCUAAAUUUCAAAGAUUGACAUUGAAGAACAAAAAUUGAAAACUAAAAUUAGAAGGCUCUACGACAUUGCAAACGUUCUUCAAUCUAUUGGCUUGAUUCAAAAAACUAGCUACCCAUCUAGCAAGAAGCCAGCAUUUUAAUGGGUUGGCAUCCAAGGAGUUUAAGAUUUUGUCAAUGAAUUGAAGGAACAUGAAAUUUCAAAGCUUGCCUUAAACCCUUUAUCUGAUAGUGACGCUAGUCCAGAUAUAAAAAUAAGGUUGAACCCUAAAUACCCGAAUACAACAGGGAAUCAAUUGAUUAGCCCAGAGAUACUAAAAAGCAAUUAAAAGAUAUCGAAUCAAACCACUGAGCACAGUGGUUUGACAGGUUAAAAGAGAAAUCAUUCUGAUUUACUUUCUCAAACUUAAAGGUUUGAAAGAAAAUACUCUGAGCCAUUGAUUCCAUCAAAAAGAUAGAUGAAAACGUAUGAUCAGAUUUGUUCUGAAAAUAUUAGCAGAAAUCCAGAUAAUUUUGAAUAGAUUUUAGAAUAAGCUUUGCAAACAAGAACCUAAUAAACUGGGUUCAGACCAUUAAAUUAGUUAAACUAAAACAAUAAAUUCUAGUAAUCAUCUUUACAGACAUCAAAGACGAAGAAAUAUUUACCACAACAGCAAUAACUGCCUUAUUAAGAUAAGGAAAAUUAAGAACCAAACUAGCUGGGACUUAUAAAAUACAAAAGCGAUAAUAACAAUAUUAAACAGCUGUAAGGAUUGAAUUUUUAAAGCACAUCAAGCUCUUUUACCAAAACUACUGCUAACUCUAUAAGUAUAGCAGGAGAUAAUUCUGUAAAAUCAUCUAUGUCAAAUAAGGUUAGUACAAUCUCAGUUUCUAGCUAGAGUGCACCAGUCCAAAACGGUCUUAGCCUGCUUUUCGCAGCAAUUGAUAUAGUAUUAAAAGACUAAAAUCUUAACGAAUCCUUCUGA